CAACUUACAAAAACACCCAAAAAAGUACACAACCACUACACCAAACUAAACAGCACGACUUACCUUGCAGUAUUUUUGCCACGAAAACACGCCACCAAUGAAUUUUACUCUAUUACCCUUUAUUAUUAUUCCAUCAGCGCUAGCUCAAGUCGGUCGUCGAGUCUCUCAAUCUGCAUUGUCUUCUUCUUCCCCGGAGGAGGUCCGUGGUCUCGUCGCCUGUGGCACCGGUGCUGGCGUCUCCAUCUUCGCCAACAAAUUCCCAGGUGUAUUCGCCACCACCUGUCUUACUCCAUCUGACGCCGUCAACGCCCGCUCCAUCAACAACUCAAAUGUACUCGCCUUAUCCGGCAGGUACACUUCAACGGAAACAGCGAUUGAGAUCGUAGACGCCUGGUUGAACACGCCAUUCAAGUCUCCCUGUCCCGCAAAUGACAACAGACCGUGGCCACAUGAGAUGGACAAGUUUCUUGACAAGUCUCAAAUUGAAAUGCCCAAGAUUGGAAAGGAAGAUACGGUUGACACAUGUGCGGUUUGCUCUUUGGCCGUGAACAACAGGGAGCUGAACCCAAUCAAUUUGCUUCCGGGAGGGUCAAUCAAGAUUUUUAGGGAGAGUCCGACAUCAGCGUUGGUGAGGUUCAAGGCGGGGAGCAUAGAGCCGGCACAUCACCACACGUUUGGGCACGAUUUCGUAGUGAUUGAAGGGAAGAUGAGUGUUUGGAAUGUGACAAAGGAAGAGAUGUACGAUCUAACAGUUGGGGAUUACUUGUUUACUCCUGCUGGUGAUGUGCAUAGAGUGAAGUACUAUGAGGACACUGAGCUCUUCAUCAAGUGGGAUGGUCAUUGGGAUAUAUUUUUUGAUGAGGAUAUUGAUGAUGCUGCUGCCAAUACUGCAAUUCAUACAGAAUUACCCAACUGAUUAUGCUAGUUCUAGGUUUGUGUGGAAUAAUAAUAAAUAAUAACCUCACUUGUCUUACUUUGUUUGUUUCAAUAUUCCUAUUUUAAUUAAGGUUACUAAAUUUGUUUUCAAAUGUAGCCCCUAUAUGUGAGGCUGGUAAGAGAACCAUUCAUAGAAAUAGAAUUAGUAUGGACUACUGAUAAUUUGAGACAGUAAAGUAUUCAUUCACCAGAAAA